AAAUUCUUCUAGGUUCCUGAACUCAAACUGCACGUCGCUACAAAGGGCGGGGGACGCGUGGCGUGGGAGCUCUGGGUCCCGGCGCGCACCCACUGAGCUGCUCCUCUCCCUCUCUUGCCCUAGACAUGGAAGGGAUGGAGGACGCCGAGGCCGAUUGCUCUGUUGCAUUCGCAGAGGCUCAGAGAUGGGUGGAGGCUGUAACUGAGAAGAAUUUUGAAACAACGGAUUUUCGAGCCUCUCUAGAAAAUGGUGUUCUGUUGUGCGACUUGAUUAAUAAGCUCAAACCUGGCGUCGUUAAGAAGAUCAAUAGACUGUCUACCCCAAUAGCAGGUUUGGAUAACAUAAAUGUUUUUUUGAGAGCUUGUGAACAGAUUGGAUUGAAAGAAGCCCAGCUUUUUCAUCCGGGGGAUCUACAGGACUUAUCAAACCGAGUCACCGUCAAGCAAGAAGAGACUGACAGGAGACUGAAAAAUGUUUUGAUAACUUUGUACUGGCUGGGAAGAAAAGCACAAAGUAACCCCUACUAUAAUGGUCCCUAUCUCAAUUUGAAAGCUUUUGAGACUCUUUUAGGGCAAGCUUUGACUAAGGCACUUGAAGAUUCCAGCUGCCUGAAAAGAAGUGGCCGGGACAGUGGCUACGGGGACAUCUGGUGUCCUGACAGAGGAGAAUUUCCUGCCCCUCCAGGUAGCCACAGAAGGGAAGAUUCCUUUGAGAGCUUGGACUCGCUGGGGUCCAGAUCUCUGACCAGCUGUUCCUCAGACUUCACUCUGAGAGUUGGGAAGGAAGGUUGCGAAAGUGACAUCGAUUGGGAAUUUACAUUCAAAAUGCAGGAUUACAACAAAGAUGAUAUGUCCUACCGAAGGAUUUCAGCCAUUGAGCCAAAGUCAGCUCUCCCGUUCAAUCGUUUCUUGCCGAACAAAAGCAAGCAGCCGUCCUAUGUGCCAGCACCUUUGAGGAAGAAGAGGCCAGACAAACACGAGGAUAACAGGAGGAGCUGGGCAAGCCCGGUCUACACAGAAACAGACGGAACAUUUUCAAGUACCCAGAGGAGAACCUGGGGUCCCAAGAUGGAGACCUGGCACACAGUCCAAGAAACUUCCACCUCUUCUUGGUGUGUAGAAGAGGAAGAGGAAAAGCUCACGCGCAUGCCCAACAUUGUGAAGGAUGAUCUGUAUGUGCGGAAGCUUAGCCCCGUCAUGCCAAGUCCAGGGAGCUCUUUUGAUCAGUUCCUUCCCAAAUGUUGGACUCCAGAAGAUAUGAACUGGAAAAAAAUUAAAAGAGAGACUUAUAAGCCAUGGUAUAAGGAAUUUCAGGGAUUCAGAAGGAAUUCUGACUCUGAGAAUGAGGAUUCGGGCUCUUUCCAAAGCUCCACCAUUUUCAGUAGACUAGAAAAGGCAGACCAUAGGUUAGACAGCAGCUACCAAAGACCUUCACUCUUGCUGGAGCUAGCUACCAAACACGCUAUGAGGUCACGUGACACCCAUGCAGCCAGGAGGACCAGCAGUGCUUUGCAGGAAUCCAGUCAGUUUUUAUUGCUUCAGGCCCUCCAAACCUACUCUGAUGACAUCUUGUCCUCGGAAACAAGUGUCAAACUCGAUCCUACCUCUGGCCCCAGGCUCAUAACUCGCAGGAAGAAUCGCUCUCCCGCACCAGGCUAUCGAGCCCAUGACCUUGAGCUGCCAGCCCUAGAUCCCGACUUAGAAAAUGAUGAUUUCUUUGUCAGAAAAACAGGGGCUUUCCAUGCAAAUCCGUGUGUCCUUCGAGCCUUUGAAGACUUUAGAAGUUUCUCGGAGCCAGACGAUGCCGUGGAACGAGAUAUAAUUUUGCAGUGUCGGGAAGGUGAACUCGUACUUCCAGAUUUAGAAAAGGAUGAUAUGAUUGUCCGCAGGAUUCCAGCUCAGAAGAAAGAAGUGCCCCUUUCUGGGGCCCCGGAUAGGUACCAGCCAGUCCCUUUCCCUGAACCCUGGACCCUACCUCCAGAAAUCCAAGCGAAGUUUCUCUCUGUGCUCGAAAGGACACGCCCACCCAAAGAACAAAGCAGCGGCUGUAGAGUGUUAGUCCCUUCCUAUCGACAGAAGAAAGACGACAUGUUGGCUCGCAAGAUCCAGUCUUGGAAGCUGGGGACUGCUGUACCUCCCAUCAGUUUCAAGCCUGGCCCCUGCAGCGAGGCCGACCUGCAGAAGUGGGAGGCCAUCUGGGAGGCCAGCAGGCUUAGGCACAGGAAGCGGCUGAUGGUUGAGAGACUCUUUCAAAAGAUCUAUGGUGAGAAUGGGAGCAAGUCCAUGAGCGAUGUCAGCGCAGAGGAUGUUCAGAACCUGCGUCAGGUGCGCUACGAGGAGAUGCAGAAAAUAAAAUCCCAGCUGAAAGAACAAGAUCAGAAAUGGCAGGAUGACCUUGCAAAAUGGAAAAACCGCCGGAAGAGUUACACUUCAGAUCUGCAGAAGAAAAAGGAAGAGAGGGAAGAGAUUGAGAAGCAGGCACUGGAGAAGUCUGACCGCAGCUCCAAGACAUUUAGGGAAAUGCUGCAGGACAGGGAAUCUCGAGGUUCUACAGUUACGUCUUGGAGGAGGACCUAUUCCUCUGAUGACAUCCUCGAUGAUGGAGUGCUCCCUCCUACAGUGACUCUGUCAGAAACUAGUUACCAGAGCGAGAGACUAGAAGAUGAGGCAAGAGCGCAUCCUGCUGAGAUGCCCAAAGAAGAUUCCACAACAUUUGCAAAUAGAGAGGACAGUGUAGUAGCUGAGACUCAGCUUGCUUCUCACAGUCCUGAAGAGCAACGUCUGGCCCCUUCUCCUUCUGAGGAACCGCGCCAGGCCUCUGGAUCUUCUGCAGAACCGCACCAGGCCCCGUUGCUGUCCACAGAACCACGCCGGACCCCUUUGCCUUCCGAGGAACCACACCAGGCCUCUCUAUCUUCUACACUACAGCGUCCAUCCUCACUCUCUUCUCAGCAGUCAUGGAGUACAAGAGCAGAGUCCACUCGGAUUUCAGCUUCUCUCCCUAGAAGUUACCAGAGAACCGAUACAGCCAGGUUAACAUCUGUGGUCACAGCGAGACCUUUUGGCACAUCUUCAAGGGGAAUCUCCUCACUGCCCAGAUCCUACACGAUGGAUGAUGGCUGGAAAUACAACGGAGAUGUUGAAGUUGUCAAGAGAGAGCAACUCGAUUUGGGCAGAGCCACUGGCCCGAAGCCUGACUCCAGCCACUUUAUUUCGGGCUCAGCCAGUGAGAAGGAGGUCAUAGCCACAGAAGAUGUGGCAAGCUUGUCCUCUCCCACACUCCCUUCCUCAUCUCUCUCCCACGACCGGGCAGUCUCUUCCAAAGCCACGUUCUCAUCAAUGUCUGGUUUGGAUUCAGUGUCUGACUCUGGAGAAGGAAGAGGCUCACCAUUGAGGGAAGUUUCCAGGUCCCUGGAUCAGUUCAGCGAUAUGAGAGUCAGCAUAAACCAGACGCCCGGGAACAAACCUGUCUUUGGGUUUACGAUAAAAUGGGAUAUUUCUGGGAUCUUCGUAGCAUCAGUCGAACAAGGUAGCCCAGCAGAAUUUUCUCAGCUGCAGGUAGAUGAUGAAAUUCUUGCCAUCAAUAACACCAAGUUUUCAUAUAAGGAUACAAAAAAGUGGGAGGAAGUUAUGGCAAACGCCCAAGAAACUGGAAACUUAGUGAUGGACGUCCGGCGUUACGGAAAGUCUGACUGGGGCAAAGACCAACCUUCCCUGCCAUUUAUACGGCAUAAAACCCUCAAUCUUACCAGUGUGGCUACCAAAAUUAUAGGUUCAUCUGAAACAAAGUGGAUCGAUACAACAUCAGGAAUUUACAACUCAGACAAGUCUUCAAGUUUAUCAGUCACAACUGAUUUCUCUGAAAGCCUUCAGAGUCCUUAUACUGAAUCCAAAGAAGUCAAUGGAAUUCACGAGGAAAGUAACCCCUUUGAUUCAAAAGCAUCAGAAUCCAUUUCUUUGAAAAAUUUAAAAAGGCGAUCACAAUUUUUUGAACAAGGAUGGCCAGGCUUUUCUUACAGCUCCUGGGUCUACCUCUGUGGAAGCUCGGAUUCUGUGGCCCCCGAUCUUCCAGUUCCAACCCUCAGUGCCCCGAGUCGCUGGGCUUGGGAUCAAGAGGAGGAGAGACGGAGGCAGGAGCGGUGGCAGAAAGAGCAAGAUCGCCUAUUGCAGGAAAAAUACCAGCGUGAGCAGGAGAAGCUGAGGGAGGAGUGGCAGAGAGCCCAACAGGAGGCGGAGAGAGAGAAUUCCAAGUACCUGGAUGAGGAGCUGAUGGUCCUAAAUUCCAACAGCAUUUCUCUGACCUCCCGGGAGCCUGUGGCCGCCACCUGGGAAGCCACGUGGAGUGAAGGGUCCAAGUCUCUGGACAGCGAAGGCACCCGAGCGGGAGAGGAGGACAGGGGACAGCUGGAAGACGAUGCUGUGUAUGAGGACCAAAGUCAGAAGCUGCAGGAACUUGAGCAGGAGAAGAAACGGAAGGAGCAAGAGGCUCAGGAAGAGGAGCGCCGCAAGCAGCGGGAGGCCCAGGCCUGGGCAGAGGCAGAAGCUAAGGCUUGGGCGGAGGCCCAGGCUCGGGCAGAGGCAGAAGCUAAGGCUCGGGCGGAGGCCCAGGCCCGGGCAGAGGCUGAGGCUCAAAAACGAGCUGAAGCUCAGAAGCUCCAGGCAGAGAGGGAACGUGAAACGUCCGUCAAAAUAUACCAGUACCGAAGGCCCAUUGAUUCCUACGACCUACCAAAGAGAGAAGACGACACUUCAGGGAUGCUUCCAACUGACAGGAGUAAAUCAAGAUCUACUACGGAACUAAAUGACCCCCUCAUAGAGAAAAAUGGAAGCAGCAAAUAUUCAGAGAGAAUUGGGGCCACUAGCUUUUCACAUAGGAGUUCUAAGAAGGAUCAAGCCCCCUCAGAAGCAGAGUUGGAGAGACAGCAAAUCCUUCAGGAAAUGAGGAAGAGAACAUCUCUCCACAAUGACAACAGCUGGAUCCGACAGCGCAGCGCCAGUGUGAACAAGGAGCCCAUCUGCCUGCCUGGGAUCAUGAGGAGAGGGGAGUCUCUGGACAAUCUGGAUUCCCAGCGGCCGGGUUCUUGGAGGCAGUCCCCUUGGCACAGCCAGCCUGCCGGGGUCUAUGCGUCUUCCUCUGUCCAGGACUUCAGUCGCCCCCCACCUCAGCUGUUGUCUACAUCAAACCGUGCCUACAUGCGGAACCCAUCCUCUGCGGUGCCACCUCCAGCCGGCUCUGUGAAGACCUCCCCAGGGUCUCCCUCUCCACGCAGCCAUUCCCCUUCCAUGUCACAGUCAGGCUCUCAGCUACGGAAUAGGUCAGUGAGUGGGAAGCGUGUGUGCUCCUACUGUAAUAACAUUCUGGGCAAAGGAGCCGCCAUGAUCAUCGAGACCCUGGGUCUUUCUUAUCAUUUACAUUGUUUUAAGUGUGUCUCCUGUGGGUGUGACCUCGGAGGCUCUUCCUCAGGAGCUGAAGUCAGAAUCCGAAACCACCAACUCUACUGCAAUGACUGCUAUCUCCGAUUCAAAUCUGGACGGCCAACCGCCAUGUGAUGUAAACCCCCAUUCGAAAGCGCUGUUGCAGAUAGAAGAGGAGGCGCUUGUCACUGAUGCAGAGCUAUAAAAAAAAAAAUGCUGGAUGGUUUUUUCCCCUCUUUUUUUUUUUUAAAGGAAUAAUCAUUGCCUCGUUAAAUGACAUAGGAACACUGUGGUGUUGGUAGGACCUGUAUUUUUGUUGUUUAUUUAUAAGAAGGUAAUUAUGUGUGUGUGUGUGGGGGGGGGAGGAGUGCAGUAUUGACCUUUUAAAUUCAGCAUCCUAAAAGCACAAGUGGAAAAGAAAACUAAACAAAGCUCAAGAACUUAAAAUCCUUCUCAUACUCAUAUGAUUAAUGAUCUCGUUUGACUCUCUAGUGGUUUUUCGAAGAAGGUAUUUUAUUUUAAUUUUUUAAGUUCUUAAACAUUAUUUGAAAUAGUUAAUAUAAAUGUGUAACUGUGUUUGUUUAUUAUAAUGUAUUCUAAGUUAAUGUGGAUCCAUAUGAAAAAUUUCACUUAAAUCCACUCAUAAAUUUGCUUCUUUUGUGGUUUUCUUUACACGGAAAUAAUCCAAUUGAAAAAUAAUUUUGCCUCUCUGUAAUGUUUUAUUGGUUUGAGGAGGGCACUCAAUUUUCUUUACAAGGACUGUUGAUGCUAAGCAAAUGCCAGGAGAGGGCUGUUUACUUUCAGUAAUGAAAAAUAUCCAUGGCUUGUAUACCAGUGAUUUCCUCCAGAAACACGUGAGCUCUUCUGUUCCGCUGCCUUUGUAAAUAAACUUGGUGAUGCAUUUAAGGAAUGCUUUUUAAAACUC